AUUUUUAUCUCAUCAAUAUAGUGUAUGAUGGAUUUAAUAUGAUCACAAAGUUGGAAGUGGUUUGAGCUGGGUGUUAUAGACAGAUCUGGAGAGAAAACUUCCAAGAUGGAAUUAAACGCACUGCCUUACGAUGUCGAAGUUAAAAAGGAAAUUGGUGAAACAAAUAGGGAUUCAAUUGACACACAGAAUGCUGAUUUUGUUGAACCAAGUUCCAAAGAAUCACAGGCUCUAAUGCAAUGUGUAUGGUGCCUUUUAAACUUAAGGUCAAAUGACAAUCCUAAAUUAUUGGAAUGUUUACACGCUGCUUGUGAUCAAUGUUUGACACAGAAGUUGGCAGAGAGCGUAUUGCCAAACGCAAAUGUGCAACCUCAUACAGUGUCAUGUGCUUUGUGCAAUAUGCCUAGCAUGUUGGGACAGAUUAUAGAUAAUCGUUUCAUCACGGAAUUAACUGAUGAACCACCCAUUCCUACUGAAGAAAGUGAUAUUAAAUGCAGCAGUUGCACAGAGGAUGCUCUGGCAUCAAAUUGGUGUGAAGAAUGUGCAGAAUAUAUUUGUGUUAAUUGCGUGCUGGCACAUCAAAGAUUGAAAAUAACAAAGGAACAUACUAUAAAACCUAAAGAUAGUGUGAAUUCAUCUAACCACAAAUCUGGGGCCAAUCAAAAUUCACCAAAGCUUUAUUGCACCAUGCAUCCUCAGGAGAUUCUGUCCCUAUUUUGUGAAACCUGUGAUAAGUUAACUUGCCGUGAUUGCCAACUAACAGGCCACAGGGAUCAUAAAUAUAAAUUUAGCCAUGAAAUUGCGGAUGAAGCUCGUAAUUUUAUUCAUAGCUUAUUAGAAGAAGUCAGCUAUAAAAGGGUUUUGCUAGCAAGUGCUAUGAAAGUAAUAGAUGAACGACAGUCACUGAUAACAGAUAAGAGGAAAUGUAUUGUGCAAGAAAUUGCUCAAAUGGUUAUCAGGUUGACAAAUGCUAUAAAUACAAGAGGAAAACAAUUAGUAAUGAAGCUAAAUGAGGUAUGCGAGUUAAAACAAAAAACUUUGAGUGAAAAAAAAUUAGCAUUAGAACAAUUAUCACAACAGACAGAUCAUUGUAUAGAUUUUGUCAAUGGGGCAUUGGAUAAGUGUAGUGAUAGUGCAGUUCUGUUCAGUAAACGCAUUGUGACUAAUCAUUUACAACGCAUUAAGUGCAGAAGAGCCGAUAUUCCAAAUCCUGAAAUUCCUGUAAGGAUACAUCUUGCUUUAGAAAAAGUUCCAGAUUUAAUAAAAGUUAUUUCAUCUAUUGCAACAAUCGUAGUUGAUGGAAAAACAUAUUGUUCAUCCGCCCCAUCACAGCAACAAGUUCUACCUCAGCAAAAUUUGAAUUCAAUGCAAUCACAAACAAAUUGUAAUCAAAAUCAAUCUCAACAAAGCGGACUUUUGAGACCAAUGGGCACACCAUCACCCUCAUCUCAACAACAAUACCGGGUUGGAAUGCAUAACAUGCCUCCUCAACAACAGCAGUAUAUGCCACCAGCAUAUUCAUCCAUUCCAAAUUUGAAUCAACAAUCACAUCAUCAGAUGAAUUCAUCAGUGAUAGCACCACAACAUAGACAAAUACUUCCGAUGGGAAUGAUCCGAAGACAAUCUCCAAGCUUACUUCGACAUCCAACUAAUAUUGUACGCAAUCAGCAAGUCAGCUCCUCCACGCAUCCUCAAAAUAUAGAUGUAAGCCUUAGAGGUUUAUUAAAUACUCCAGUGCAACAAAUGCAAGUGCAAAAUCCAGCUGCUCUUCACUGUCCAGAUUACAAUGCCAUAAGAACUCCAUCCAACUCUGUUUCGAUGUAUGCAUCAAGACCUACAUCAUUUUCAGGGGGUAGUUAUUCUACACCAAAUUUGUAUACUGGGAAAAAUUACAAUCGAACGAUUAAUACAAAUCCUAUCAGAACUGUAUCACAGUCUUAUAUUCCACCAUAUCAGUCUCAGCAGCCCAUGCAUAUGCCAAAUCAACAUCUGCAGCAAAUGUCACAGCUUCCAUCCAUGAACCGGCCAGGACCUGCUCCUCACAAAUGGCAUAUUCCUCAAAAUGCUAACAGUAUUAAUGGUGUUGUAACCAAUGGACAAACUGGGCUUCUAAAUGGCGCUAGUGGAUCUUAUACAAAUAGCGAUGAUAACUUUAGAAUUACAAUUAAACAACCUUCACAUAAAUCUGGGGGUACAGUUACUUCAACAAAUCCCAAAACACCGAGUCCUAAUGCUUUACUGGGUUCAAAGGAUUCUGAAAGUAUUGAUAAGUUCUGCCAAGAAUCUGUGAAUGAUUUAAUGGCAACUAUUGCUAAACUGGAUAGCAUUGGUGUCCAAGUUAUGCCUGAAGUAGAAAAUGAAAAGGGGUGCUCCCCCCAAGUGCAUAGUUCUACCGAUGGAACCCCAAUGCCAAUGCCAAAUGCAGUGCCCAGUGAAAAUAAAGAUGACCCAAAUGAAGAUUGGUGUGCAGUUUGUAUGGACGGUGGUGAGCUAAUGUGCUGUGAUAAGUGUCCGAAAGUCUUCCACCAGAAUUGUCACAUUCCUGCAUUGUCAUCAUUGCCUGAUGAGAGUGAAACAUGGCAGUGCAUGUUGUGUUUUAACUUUGCUGAUAUUCAAAUUGAAGAAAACUAUGAAAAUAUAUUAUCUAACAAAUUGAAAAGAGUACUUCAACGUUUGCUUCUUGAACUAUACUGCCAAUAUGAGCCUAGUUUACCAUUUAGAGAACUCGUUAGUCCUGAGAAUUUAGAUUAUUAUUCAAAAAUCAAACAGCCAAUAGCACUAAGUACAAUAAAGCAGAAGUUGGAAGAUGGUCAUCCCGGGGCUUACAAUUCUGUUUCUGCUUUUAUAAAGGAUGUUAAGUUAAUGUUUUCAAAUGCUUAUUUAUACAAUGAUGUGGAAGAUAUUGUUUAUAAAAAUGCAGUUACACUAGAGGAAUUUUUUGAUGUGCAAGUGCAAAAAUAUUUUCCUAGCUUGAAUGUUAAAUUGGAAAAUAAUAAUACAGAAAAUGAGUUUCCGCCAAUGAAACGCAUGAGAAGGCAAUUAUCAGAUUAAGUGAUUUAAUCAACCUCUAUACAUUAGUUAUUUUCAUCUAACCCCAAUGAUUGUAAAAUUGUAGAUAUAGUUAAUUUAUUUUCAUUUAAUAAUCAAUAUUUUAUAAAU